GUGGAGUCACUGUCGGCUUCAGCCAGGCUGCGGAGCGGACGGACGCGCCUGGUGCCCCGGGGAGGGGCGCCACCAGGAGAGGAGGAGGAGGCGGAGGAGGAGGUGGAGAGGAAGAGACGCCCUCUCUGCUGACAUCCCCCCUCCCCCCCGAGGCUCUGACCCCAGGGGCUAGGGGCCUGACAAGUUUCUCCACCCGGGCUGCCUGAAGAGGCCGCUACCCUGGAGGGCCCCGAGCCCACCGCACCAGGGGCCCCAGCACCGGCCCGGUGGCCUAACGCGACAGUCCCAGGGACCACUGCGAGGUUUCCAGUUGCCUAGACAAGGAGCCGGGGGUCAGAGCAACAACCCUUCCAGCCACCUGCCUCGACUUCUGCCUCAGGCACCAGUCCCAGCCCUGUGCAUCCAACCCAGGUGACAUGCCGGUACUCUCCACCUCCCGGUCCUCGCGGGUGACCACGCUGAAGCGCACAGCUCUGGUCCUGGCCCUCACGGCCUAUGGAGCCCACAAAAUCUACCCUUUGGUGCGGCAAUACCUGGCUGCAACCAGGGGCCCUCAGGUACCAGCAGGGGAGUCCACGCAGGAGGUCUCUGGCGCCACAGCGGCCAAGGCCGGCGUGAACCGGGUGUUCUUGCAGCGGCUCUUGGGCCUCCUGCGGCUGCUCUUCCCCAGGACUCUGUGCCGGGAGACGGGGCUGCUGGCACUGCACUCGGCAUCCCUGGUGAGCCGGACUUUCCUGUCCGUGUAUGUGGCCCGCCUGGACGGCCGGCUGGCCCGCUGCAUCGUGCGCAAGGACCCACAGGCCUUCGGCUGGCAGCUCCUGCAGUGGCUCCUCAUCGCUCUCCCUGCCACCUUCAUCAACAGCGCCAUCCGGUACCUAGAGGGCCAGCUGGCCCUGUCUUUCCGCAGCCGUCUAGUGGCCCACGCCUACAGGCUUUACUUCUCCCAGCAGACCUACUACAGAGUCAGCAACAUGGACGGGCGGCUUCGCAACCCUGACCAGUCCCUGACGGAGGACGUGGUGGCCUUUGCAGCCUCUGUGGCCCACCUCUACUCCAACCUCACCAAGCCGCUCCUGGAUGUUGCUGUGACCGCCUACACCCUGCUUCGAGCAGCCCGUUCCCGGGGGGCCGGCACAGCCUGGCCCUCGGCCAUUGCUGGCCUCGUUGUGUUCCUCACAGCCAACGUGCUGCGAGCCUUCUCACCCAAGUUUGGCGAGCUGGUGGCAGAGGAGGCACGGAGGAAGGGAGAGCUGCGCUACAUGCACUCUCGAGUGGUGGCCAACUCAGAGGAGAUCGCCUUCUAUGGGGGCCACGAGGUGGAGUUAGCCCUGCUGCAGCACUCCUACCAGGACCUGGCUUCGCAGAUUAACCUUAUCCUGCUGGAACGCCUGUGGUACAUCAUGCUGGAGCAGUUCCUCAUGAAGUAUGUGUGGAGCGCCUCGGGCCUGCUCAUGGUGGCCGUGCCCAUAAUCACUGCCCCCGGCUAUUCGGAGUCAGACUUGGAGGCAGUGAAGAAGGCAGCUUUGGAGAUGAAGGAGGAGGAGCUCGUGAGCGAGCGCACAGAGGCCUUCACCAUUGCCCGCAACCUCCUCACAGCUGCUGCGGAUGCCAUCGAGCGGAUCAUGUCAUCCUACAAGGAGGUGACAGAGCUGGCCGGCUACACAGCCCGAGUAUACGAGAUGUUCCAGGUAUUCGAAGAUGUCCAGCACUGCCAUUUCAAGAGGCCCGGGGAGCCGGAGGACCCUCAGGCAGGGCCCGGGGCUGUGGCCAGGUCUGGUGUCCAUGUAGAGGGGCCCCUGCAGAUCCGAGGCCAAGUGGUAGAUGUGGAACAGGGAAUUAUUUGUGAGAACAUCCCCAUCAUCACGCCCACGGGAGAGGUGGUGGUGGCCAGUCUCAAUAUCAGGGUGGAAGAGGGCAUGCACCUGCUCAUCACCGGCCCCAACGGUUGUGGCAAGAGUUCUCUCUUCCGGAUCCUUGGCGGCCUCUGGCCCACGUACGGUGGCGUGCUCUACAAGCCCCCGCCGCAGCGCAUGUUCUACAUCCCUCAGAGGCCCUACAUGUCCGUGGGCUCCUUGCGGGACCAGGUGAUCUACCCAGACUCCGUGGACGACAUGCGAAGGAAAGGCUAUUCGGAGCGGCACCUGGAAGCCAUUCUGGACAUCGUGCACCUGAACCACAUCUUGCAGCGGGAAGGAGGUUGGGAGGCCGUGUGUGACUGGAAGGAUGUGCUGUCGGGGGGUGAGAAGCAGAGAAUCGGCAUGGCCCGAAUGUUCUACCACAGGCCCAAGUACGCCCUCCUGGAUGAGUGCACCAGCGCCGUGAGCAUCGACGUGGAAGGCAAGAUCUUCCAGGCGGCCAAGGACGCUGGCAUUGCCCUGCUUUCCAUCACCCACCGGCCCUCCCUGUGGAAGUACCACACGCACUUGCUGCAGUUUGACGGGGAGGGUGGCUGGAAGUUCGAGAAGCUAGACCCCGCCGCUCGCCUGAGCCUGACCGAGGAGAAGCAGCGGCUCGAGCAGCAGCUAGCGGGCAUCCCCAAGAUGCAGCGGCGCCUCCAGGAGCUCUGCCAGAUCCUGGGCCAAGGCUCUGGGCUCCUCCAGGGUGCUGCUCCGCCCUGAGCCCUGGGCCCACAUGGAGGAAACCACAGCAGUUGCCCACCGCCCCGCACCUGGCCCUGCCGCAGGCCUGCCCUGCAUGCCUUUCCCUCCCAGGCCUCCUGGCCGCAGGCCUGCCCUGCCUAGAGGACUGCCAGCAAAACCACGUGCCUGUCCCUGGGCGGCGCAGAUGGGACUUUCUUCUCUUCCAGGAGGGGGAAGGGUGGAGGGGAGCCCCCAGCUCACAGCGCCAGCCAGUCUGUGCGGAGCCUUGCAUGGGGCGGGGGGCCUGCCCUCCUGACGCUGCAGUCCCCCUUAUGCCCUCCUCUUCAGUCCCUUGGAGACCCCACGGGCCAUCCGUGGCUACGGCCCAAAUGGCCCACUGAGGCUCCCACCCCACAGGACACCCUUCCUGCCAUAGAAACAGCCAGACAGAACCCACAGCCAGACAGAACCCACAGCCAGACGGGGCCCCUCACGUGCGCCCCUUCUCCCUGCCACGGGAGGAAGGAUUGCACAGCACUCGCGAGCGAUGGUGAGAAUGGAGCCCCUGCCCCUAGCCUCCUUUCCUUCUCCAAGCUAAUUUAUUGGAUUCCUGUUUGGGGCCAUCUCGAUUGCCAACACGAGCACCCAGCCAGCAGCGGAGGCGGCCGGGGCCGCCGUCCUCCCACAGAUGGCCUGGCCCUUGAGCCAGCCCCCGGCAGCCUGUCGCCCCACCAGCCUACACUGCCAGCCACCUCCGUGGGGUGGGGGUGGGGGGUACAGGCCACUGAAGGGGGAACCGGGUGCUGGGGCUGCCGGGCAUGAGGGCACCUGUGCGCCCAGCUCAGUGCCAAAGAGGGGUCAGCCAGGGGAGCUGUAUCUGCAAAGCCAGGCCCCACCCGAGAGGGAGACCCCACCACAGCCACCGCAUGUGCCUUUCCAGAUCCUCAGCCACCUGGCCGGGGAGCAUCCCUCAAUCCCUCAGUAAAAGCCUCCCGCAGAAAGUGCCGUCCUGCCUCCUGGCCUCUUUGUCUGGCAGGGCUGGGGAGGAGCUCGGGAGGGGCAUCAGGUCACCUGGGGUGGAAGGAGUAACCUCAACCCCCGCCCCCACCCAAAGACAGCUCAGCAUAUUCUCCAGUGGGGAGAUAGAUUUAGCAACUUCUCACAAAAAUAUUGGCAACUGGGACUCUGGACCAAUCCUGGGCCCAGUGCUGGGGUGGAGAGGAGGGGGCUGCUGCCCAGUCCCCACAUGAGGAACAUCCCGAGAGACACUGGGGGAGAAGCAGCGAGCUGCAAAGUGGGCUGGGUGGCGGGCACAGAGGAGGAGGAGUCCUGACCCUGUGGGGCAGAGGGGAGCGGGGAAGAUGUAGUUCUGGACCUUCUAGGAAGAGGGAAUGCUGGAAGGGAAUUCCCUUCUAGGAAGAGGGAAAGCCCAGAGGUGAAUCAGGAGCAAGGCGCAGGACAUCAGUGUGGUGCGGAAGGCAGAGGAAGGGAGGUGCUGGGGCCAUGCCACGGAGCCUGGACUGACUUCGGAGGCAACGAAAAGCCACCAAAGGGUGUUUGGCAGGAUGGAGACAAGAUGCAGUUAUGCCCACGGUGGGCGAUAUGGAGGCUUUGGAGGGAGGCAAGAGCGCACAGCUCGGUCCUUGUCCACUGCUGGUGGGAAGGGGAAUGGAGCAGCCAUUGUGGAAAGCUAAGCACGGACCCAGCACUUCACUCCUAGGCUUAAACCCAAGAGAACUGAAAAUAGGUGUUCAAUCAAAAACUUAGAUGUGAAUGUUCGUAACAGGGCUGUUGGUGAUAAUCAAAAAGUGAAAACAACCCAGCAGUCCACCAACAUGAAUGGAUAAACCAAAUGUGGUCUCUCUAUGCAAUGGAAUGCUAUUCGGCUAAAAAAAGGAGUGUGGUUCUGACCUCUGCUACAGUGUGGAUGAACUGUAAGAACGUGACACUGAGUGAAAGAAGCCAGACAUGGAAGACCACAUACCGUGUGAUUUCAUUGGUAGGAAACAUCCAGAAUAGGCAAAUCUAUAGAGACACAAAGCAGAUGAGUUGUUGCCAGGGGCUGGGUUUCCUUUUGGGGCAAUGUUCUGGAACUGUAGAGGUGAGGGUUACACAACACUGUGGCUGUAAUAAAUGUCACCUCAGGGCGCCUGGGUGGCUCAGUCGGUUGAGCGACUGCCUUCGGCUCAGGUCAUGAUCCUGGAGUCCCGGGAUCGAGUCCCGCAUCGGGCUCCCUGCUCGGCAGGGAGUCUGCUUCUCCCUCUGACCCUCCUCCCUCUCAUGCUCUCUAUCUCUCAUUCUCUCUGUCUCAAAUAAAUAAAUAAAAUCUUUAAAAAAAAAUGUCACCUCAAAAAAUAGAUCUAUAGAUAAUAGAUGACAGGUACAUUGAGUGAUUGAUGAUAGCUAGAUGAUACAUGAUAGAUAAUAGAGAGAUGAUACAUAGAGAGAGAUGAUAGGUGAUAGAGGCGUAGAUGAGUGAGUAACCAUUUAAAGCAGCCCAGGCAAGAUGUGCUGAGGCUUGAAAUCCCGGGCGUAUUAGAGAGAGACUAG